UGUUGGAGAAAAGUUGUUGCGGUGGGAAGCUGGCCUGGGCUGCCCGAGUAAAAGUAGGCGUCUCUUCUUAUUCUCGUUUAAAAGCAGACAUCCGUAGAGUAAACCAAAAUCGCCGGGAUGCGUUUUCGACUUUGAGGCUGCGACAGAGGUAGGGAUUUAGUAUUUAAACUCUCUUUUUUUGUUGUUGUUAAAGCUUUGGCCGAAGAAGUGUUGCUCGGUAGGCUGCACCUCGGGUCGCCCCCUCCUCCUCCUUCUCCUCCUCCACCUCUUGUUAGCUAGCCAGCGUUAGCCGGUUAGCUCCCUAACAUACUUCUGAGGAACAAGAGGGGGGAAAAAAAAUUUUGGGCUGGAGAAAUGGCGGAAACCAAAAUAAUUUAUCACAUCGACGAAGAGGAGACGCCGUAUCUGGUGAAGAUUCCCAUCGCGGCGGAGAAAAUCACUUUACUGGAUUUCAAACAAGUGUUGAACAAACCAAACUACAAAUUCUUCUUCAAGUCUAUGGACCAGGACUUUGGAGUGGUCAAGGAAGAGAUUUCUGAUGACAACGCUAAGCUGCCCUGCUUUAAUGGACGAGUGGUUUCCUGGCUUGUGUCCUCAGAUGUUCCUGCAGCAGAACCUGCGCCACCUCCAGUGGAGGUCCGAGCUCAACCGUCACCUCCCCCUCCCCCUCUUCCUCCUCCACCAGCUGAGAGGACUGGGGGCAUCGGAGACUCAAGACCCCCCUCAUUCCAUCCGAAUGCUGCAGGCAGUGUGGAGACGCUGGAUGAACAGACAGAGACUGAGUCUGUCGUGUCCUUCAGGAGAGAGAGGCCUCGCCACAGAGAGAGCAUGGAGCAUGGGUCACGUAUGAAUGGCCAAUCACGCAUGGAGAGGCAUUUGGCAGGUUACGAAAGUGCCACUACAGUCAUGAGCAGUGAACUAGAAACUACCAGCUUCUGUGAUUCCGAUGAUGAUGACACCAUGAGCAGGUUUAGUAGUUCAACAGAACAGAGCACUGCCUCUAGACUGUUAAAGCGACACCGCAGACGCAGGAAACAACGUCCUCCAAGGCUGGAGAGGGCAUCAUCUUUCAGUAGUGUGACAGACUCAACUAUGUCGUUGAAUAUCAUCACAGUCACCCUCAACAUGGAGAAGUAUAAUUUCCUGGGCAUCAGUAUUGUGGGACAGAGUAAUGAGCGAGGAGAUGGAGGCAUCUAUAUUGGCUCCAUAAUGAAGGGCGGAGCAGUGGCUGCUGAUGGGAGAAUCGAGCCUGGGGACAUGCUGCUACAGGUGAACGAUAUUAAUUUUGAGAACAUGAGCAAUGAUGAUGCGGUCAGAGUUCUACGAGAGAUUGUGCAUAAACCAGGGCCCAUCACUCUAACAGUGGCUAAAUGUUGGGACCCCUCACCUCAAGGCUACUUUACACUACCACGUAACGAGCCUAUUAGGCCGAUAGACCCUGCAGCCUGGGUCAGUCAUUCAGUAGCCAUGACAGGAGCAUACCCACCUUACCCAGGCAGUACAAUCACAUCCAGCUCAUCUGUCACUGAGACUGAACGUUUUGAUGAGUUUAACCUAUCUCUUCACUCUGAUAUGGCAUCUGUGGCAAAGGCCAUGGCCUCUCCUGAGUCAGGUCUUGAAGUGAGAGACAGAAUGUGGCUAAAGAUCACAAUUCCUAAUGCCUUCCUGGGCUCAGACGUGGUUGAGUGGCUCUAUCAUCACAUAGAGGGCUUUCAGGAUCGCAGAGAGGCUCGUAAAUAUGCCAGUAACCUCCUGAAGGCUGGUUUCAUUAGACAUACUGUCAAUAAGAUCACUUUCUCUGAGCAGUGCUACUACAUCUUUGGAGACUUCAGUGACUGUGAGAACUACAUGGCCAACCUGUCCCUCAAUGAUAACGAUGGUUCCAGUGGAGCUUCAGACCAAGACACACUGGCCCCUCUGCCAUUACCAGGGGCGACACCGUGGCCUCUUCUCCACACUUUCCCAUACCAGUACCCACACCCGUAUUCGAGCCAGCCCCCACCAUACCACGAGCUCUCCAGCUACAGUUAUGCUCCUGGCAGCACGGGUAGCCAGCACAGCGAGGGGAGUCGGAGCAGUGGCUCCACUCGAAGUGAGGGAGAGCGGAGGAGGGGUAGUAAAAGUGGCAGUACCGUGGCUGGCAGCACUCGUGAUGACAAAUCUCCCAAUGGAGGUGGAGCUGACUCGCGCUCAGGCAGUGGCAGCGAAUCUGAAUACUCAGUGCGUAGCAGCCUAAGGAGGGACCAUGGCUCAGCCACACCAAGUGAGCACAGUCAUGCUAGUCAGCGCUCACAUCAUCGGGCACCGCCCCCACACCUCGCUCCAUAUCCACCUGGCAUUCCCAUUCCAUACAACCCGAUGAUGGUAAUGAUGGUACCACAGCACCCACAUCCACACCCGGCCCUGGGAGCUCCUCAUCCUCAGACAGCUGGCACAGCGCUACACCCAGGCAUGCCCCCACCCAGUAAUCCUGGAGGACCUCCUGGAGCUCCACCCACACGUGACCUGGCAUCUGUCCCACCUGAGCUCACAGCCUCCAGGCAGUCUUUUCACCUGGCCAUGGGAAACCCCAGUGAGUUCUUUGUGGAUGUCAUGUAGGGAAAGUUUGCACAGGAUAAGCGCAUCUGUGUGGGACGGAUGAGUAAACCAGUGAGUGCUUGAAUUAAUGAAUGAAACCUCUAUGGGACUGAAUCAUAUAAUAACUGUGAGCUGCAUUCAGUAAGCGACUGAGGUGUAACAUUUGGUAUUGCUGCAGGAUAGCUCAUCUAUCCUUGCCAGCAGGAACAGGGUUUCUGUAAAACCGGACGUCUUGCACAACUCACAUUUAGCACAUCAAGUAAUUUUAAAGUCACAACAAUCUAUGACAGGGUCUGGCCUUCCUAAAUGCGCAGUCUUCUUUUUUGUUUCUCAAUAAAACACCUCUAAACAUUUCCUGAAA